AUGGAGACCAUUCCGAUUAAUGGGGAACUUGAUAGAAAUUCACAUCAUGGUGAUAACAGAGACUCUCAUGGACCGUCAACAGUGGUAACAAACAGCGAUGAAUCACAGCUUUUAACUCCAGGAAAAAUGAGCCAGCGCCAGGGCAAAGAAGCCUAUUUUACUCCAACGAAAGAGUUACUCCAACCAUCUCUCAGCCCAGGAACUGCCCACAGCCAUGGUUUCGACAAAGGGAAGGACGAUGUGUUGCAAAAUAAAGAGGAUACAUCCCAUUCUAUGUCAAAAAGCAAGUCUGAAUCCAAGCUUUUCAAUGGCUCUGAGAAGGACAUCUCUUUAUCUUCAAGCAAACUUACAAAAAAAGAAUCUCUCAAGGUUCAAAAGAAAAAUUACAGAGAAGAAAAGAAGAGAGCUACAAAAGAAUUACUUAGCACUAUCACAGACCCGUCAGUUAUUGUUAUGGCUGACUGGUUGAAGAUUCGUGGUACCUUGAAAAGCUGGACCAAACUGUGGUGUGUACUGAAACCAGGAGUGUUGCUUGUUUACAAAACCCCCAAAAAUGGCCAGUGGGUAGGAACAGUGCUCCUGAACGCCUGUGAACUCAUUGAGAGGCCUUCUAAGAAAGAUGGCUUUUGUUUCAAACUUUUUCAUCCUUUGGAGCAGUCCAUAUGGGCUAUAAAGGGUCCCAAAGGUGAAGCAGUUGGUUCUAUAACUCAGCCAUUGCCCAGCAGUUAUUUGAUCAUCCGAGCUGCUUCAGAAUCAGAUGGCAGGUGUUGGAUGGAUGCUUUGGAGCUGGCACUGAAAUGCUCAAGUCUGCUUAAACGUACAAUGAUUAGAGAAGGUAAAGAACAUGAUUUGAACUCUUCAGCAGACAGUACUCACGUCUCUCUCUAUGGUCUGCUUCGUGCUAACAACUUGCACAGUGGAGAAAACCUACCGUUAAAUGACAGUGAAAUUGAAAGGCAUCACUUUAAAGAUCAAGAUAUGUACUCUGACAAAUCUGAUAAGGAAAAUGACCAUGACCACGAGGAAUCUGAUAACGAUGGAUUGGGGAAAAGUGAAGAAAGCGAUAGCGACACAUCGGAGCGACAGGAUGAUUCUUACGUCGAUCCAGAACCAAUUGAUAUCAAGGAAACUACUUAUUUAGAGCAGAGUCAUGAAGAACUUGGGGAGGCAGGGGAGGCUGCUCAGACAGAAGUAGUGUCAGAAGAAAACAAAAGUCUGAUCUGGACACUGCUGAAGCAAGUCCGGCCAGGAAUGGACUUGUCUAAGGUUGUACUGCCUACCUUUAUCUUGGAACCUCGUUCUUUCCUGGACAAGCUGUCUGACUACUACUACCAUGCAGACUUUCUGUCCGAAGCUGCUCUUGAAGAGAACGCUUACAACCGCAUGAAAAAAGUAGUGAAGUGGUAUUUGUCAGGAUUCUACAAAAAGCCAAAGGGACUAAAAAAGCCAUACAAUCCUAUACUUGGUGAGACUUUCCGAUGCAUGUGGAUUCAUCCAAGGACGAAUAGCAAGACUUUUUACAUUGCAGAACAGGUAUCCCAUCAUCCUCCAAUAUCUGCCUUCUAUGUUAGCAACCGCAAGGAUGGUUUUUGCCUUAGUGGUAGCAUUCUGGCCAAAUCCAAAUUCUAUGGGAAUUCUUUAUCUGCCAUACUAGAUGGAGAAGGACGGCUAACAUUCCUAAAUAGGGGAGAAGAUUAUGUAAUGACAAUGCCAUAUGCUCAUUGUAAAGGAAUUCUUUAUGGCACAAUGACCUUAGAGCUUGGGGGAACAGUCAAUAUCACCUGUGAGAAAACUGGCUACAGUGCAACAAUUGAAUUCAAACUCAAGCCUUUUUUGGGUAACAAUGACAGUGUUAACCAAAUAUCAGGGAAAAUUAAGCUUGGCAAAGAAGUUCUGGCUAUUUUGGAGGGCCACUGGGACAGUGAAGUUACUAUUAGUGACAAGAAGACAGAUGUUUCAGAGAUGUUCUGGAACCCAACAUCUGAUAUCAAGCAGCGUAGAUUACCAAGAUACACAGUGAAGUUUGAAGAGCAAGAUGACUUUGAGUCAGAGAAGCUUUGGCAACAAGUGACAAGAGCAAUAAAUAAUAAAGACCAAACAGAAGCUACUCAAGAGAAGUAUGUUCUGGAAGAAGCUCAGAGAAAGAGUGCUAAAGAGAGGAAACUUAAGGGUGAAGAGUGGACAUGCAAGCUGUUCGAUCAGGAUUCAGUCACAGGAGAAUGGCACUACAAAUAUGCCGAUACCAGACCAUGGGACCCUUUGAAUGAUAUGAUCCAAUUUGAAAAAGAUGGCACCAUCCAAACAAAAGUUCGACAUCGGACACCAAUGGUUAAUGUUCCAAAGAUCAAACGAAAGCCAGCCAGUCAGAAGAAAGGGGAGUGUGGUUUCUCAUCCCCAGAGCCUGAUAACCAGGAUUCCUCUGGAAGUGAAGCACAACUUCUGAAGCAUAAUACAAGAAUAAGGAAAAAAGGGGCAGACCUUGGUGAACUGCAGAGUGCCAUUGAAUCUAUAAAGGAAACACAAGAAGACAUUAAGAGAGACAUUAUGGCUCUACGAAAUAGAGUCACUUCUAAUUCACCACCUGUGGACUACCAUUUCUUGCAGUUUAAGCACUAUGUCUUCAUUUUACUGGUGGUUCUGCUGCAGCUUGUCAUUAAUUUCUUGUUCAAAUAGGAAGUGUGAACAAGGGCCUUUCUGAACUGGAAUGAUCGAACUGUUACUGGGGACCGUAUUUUAGGUUGGACUUUAAAUGAUGCAAUAUUAUCUAAAAGAGGCCUGUAGCAACAACUUACAGAACUUUGCCUCAGCGUCCAUGGUUCAGACUCAUACUCCUGUCUACCCAGUUGAAGUAAGAAUUGUGUAAGUGCCAGUACACUCUUGCUCCUGAUGUGUGCCUCUGUCUCGCAGACAUACGACAUCAGCCUUGUGUUUUAUAUUACGUCAUAUGCUGUACUGAUGAAUCUUCACCACAGAACAGAUGAAGUUAAAAAUUCAGAGGUCAAACCCGAUAGGCAGGAUGUGAUUCCUGUUAUGAUA